AUGGCACCGACCUCUCGCAAGAAGCUGCCCGACAUGGCGCUGUCGAUACAAAACGAUCACUAUCUCGACAUAUACUCGGUAUGGGAGACAGAAGAGGGCGACAAAAAGUGCCAAUCCUGGGUGUCGAGUGUCAUGAACAGGAUGCAGCCACAUACAGUCGGCCAAUACUUGGGUGAUUCCGACUUUCAAAUCAGAAACACCAAAAGGAAGUGGAAUCCUGAUGAACGUAUCUGCGGGUACCUCGACAAAGGGGACCAGUCUGGUGCGAAAUGUCUGCUGAACAAGCUCUGA